GGACGUCACGCUGUCUGAUGAAGUAUUAUGCCACUGUAGCCACCUCUUCUCAGAAGUGCCAGGACACCGUAGAGAAGAUAGAAAGACGAGUACUGGACUCCAACCCAGUCAUGGAGGCGUUUGGGAAUGCUUGCACUUUACGCAAUAGCAACAGCAGUCGCUUUGGAAAAUACAUUCAGCUUCAGCUCAACGGCUCUCAGCUGCUGGUUGGGGCAUCAGUGCAGACAUAUCUUUUGGAGAAGACCAGAGUGGCUUUCCAAGCACCAAAUGAGAGAAAUUUUCACAUAUUCUACCAGAUGAUGAAAGGAGCCACAGAGAAACAGAGACUGGAUUGGAUGCUGCCUUUGGAGCAAGACUUUGCUUGGUUGCCACAUGCUGAGAAAACCUUAGAAGAAGACUGUUUGCAAGAGACGGUGGAAGCCAUGAUCAACCUUGGCAUUGAUGAGGGGAAACGGACACAGAUUUUUAGGAUCCUUGCAGGUCUUCUGCAGCUGGGGAACGUGGACUUCAGUCCUGCAUCAGAAGAGGCUCAGCCAUGUGAUCUUGAUGGACACUCAAAAGGUUUCCUGCAGAAAACCGCUGACCUGCUGCAGGUGCCGUUAGACGAGCUGCAGUCGUGUCUGACCGUGAGAACUCUGCGCGCUGGCAAACAGAGCGUCCUCAAACCUUGCACUCAGUCGGAGUGCGGCGUCCGCAGAGACUGUCUGGCUAAAGUCAUUUAUGCACAGCUGUUUGACUGGUUAGUCACUUUCAUAAACAACAGUAUGUGUGCAGACAAUCCCACGUGGUGCAACUUCAUUGGCCUGCUGGAUGUGUACGGUUUUGAAUGCUUCCUCUUGAACAAUCUGGAGCAGUUGUGCAUUAAUUAUGCUAACGAGAAGCUGCAGCAGCACUUUGUGGCUCAUUACCUGAAGGCCCAGCAAGAGGAGUAUGUGACUGAGGGGCUGCAGUGGUCCUUCAUACGGUACCAAGACAACCAGUGCUGCCUGGACCUGAUUGAAGGCAGUCCUUCCAGCAUUUUCUCCCUGCUCAAUGAGGAGUGUCGUCUGAACAGAGCAUCGGAUGCGAAGCAGUUUCGUGUGCGUCUGCAGAAGGAGCUCUCAGAUAACGCCAGCAUCAGCUGGGACAAACUCAGCAAAGAGCCCCAUUUUACUGUGGCUCACUAUGCAGACAAAGUCAGUUACCAGAUUGAGGGCAUGAUGGAGAAGAACAAGGACCCGGUUCCCCCUGAGAUCAUCAGUCUCCUGCAGAAGUCCCAGGAUUCAUUGCUGCACAGUCUCUUUGCUGACGGUGACCGUGAGAGCGAGGGGUCUAGAGGACACAGUAAAGUGGUCACUGUUGUCUCCAAAUUUAAGUCACUCACAGGCCCUGAGAUGAGUGAUCAGGCUGUUCUGGGAUCUGCUGUAGAGGAUGUGCUCAGUGUGGUCUUCAAGAGACGCGCCCCAAACAACAACAACAACAUGGUGCACUGUGGCAGGACCAAAGUCUUUCUCACAAACUCCCUGCUGGAGAUGCUGGAGGAGCAUAGGAACAGGGUGCGCUCACAGAAGGCGUUCUGUAUCCAGUGCUGCUGGCGCAGGUACCAGACGCGUCAGCGUAACCUGAGGACACAGGCUGCCACCCGCUUACAAGCAGGUGUGAGAUCCUGGCUGGUCAGAAGAGAGAUUAAGAAAUGGCACAAAGCUGCAUCCGUCAUCCAAAACAAAUGGAGGCGCUGGAGGGCGUGGAUGGAUGCGUUAGCUGAGGCAGAGCUGGAUGAUGCUGAGGAUUUCAUGGAGAAUGAAGCAUCGUCCGUGUUGCCGAAGCUGCUGAAGGAGAGAGGCUCUGUGCAGCUCUCCAGCAUCCAGGAGCCUGUGAUGGUCAGAGGUUGGCCCAUCGGUCUGGCCAUGGCCUCUGCUCCCAGCAUCACCGUCUCUCUGACAGCCACGGGUUUCCAGCGGAUCAUGUCUAUGAUGGCCUGUCUGAAGAUCCCAUUCAGACACGGAGAAUACAAAGUAAAGACCAACCAGUUUGACCAGGGUGUGGCGUCUAUCAGAGCUCAGCCACGGGUGAGAGACGCUGCUAACAUACCGUUUACUCAUUUUCUUGAGUGA